CUCAAAACCGCAAGAGAGAGCUCCAGUCACACUAUUAUCUUCUAGUCAAAAAUGCAGCAUCCACUUUUCCUGCAGGUUUCAGACAAAAUUGCCCAGCUGCAAGACAUUCUGGAAGAUCAAGUUACCUUAUCGUCUUCUUACUCCACAAGUGUGGAUAAGGAAGCUCUGGAAGAGUUAAAGUCUAUUCUAAAGUCUUUGCAUAACUUAUUUGUCAAACUCCGUGAGGCGUUAGAAAAGAAAGUUAGUUCGCCCGAUAAUGAUGACGCGGUGAAGUUCAACACGUUGGUGGCAAAAUAUGAAAGAUCGGUAGAUUCAUUGUUCUCGGGGUUGGCAUUAGACGAGAGCCAGAAAAAGGAAUUAACGGAGUUCAAGCUUCCUGCUGAAUUUCUCAUACCGGAAAGGAAUAAAUCAGAAUUUCCUUACUCCGGAAGGUACCGUGACAACAUAGAGCAACCCAAUGAAUCUGAUGAAGAAGAAGGUGUAACAAUCACUGCUUCUGCUGAUCCAAUGGCCAGUAUGCAGCAGAACAAGUCGGUGCGUUUCAAGCAGAAGUUAAUUGAAUCUUCACCUCCGAAGUUAUUCAAGCCCUACAAAGAUGACAUAGAUGAAGAGUUAGACAUACACAACGAUAACCAAAAUAAUAAGAUUAACGACGGCGGAAACGGCAACGGGCGAUAUAAAGAUUCCUUGUUCGAAACCAUGGAUCCAGACAGUUCGGAGAUUGAUAACCCUCCUAUUGAUCUGUCUAACAGGCAGAUAUUCAUUCACAACCAACAACAGUUUUCACACCAGGAUGACCGUCUGGACGAAUUGCACAAUUCAAUCAAGCAGCAACGAGAAAUAUCUAUGCAUAUUAAUCGGGAAACUAGCGAUCAAUUUGUGUUACUGAACGAUUUGGAAAGGGGAAUUGAAAGCUCCAACAGCAGGUUGAUUCGUUCCACCAAUAAAUUACAGCAAUACAGAGAUGCGUUGAAGAAACGGGGGGAUUGGAUGUGUAUUAUCAUCCUAACUUUUGUCCUAUUGGUUUUAUUAGUUCUUUUGAAAUGAUCAAAAAAAAAAUCAUUAGGGAUAUGUUUUUUAUACAAACCGGAACACAAUGUAUAAGGGCGGUUUUGUAUGAGUAUAUACUAUAUAGUUGAGCCUGUGUAAUAAUAAUAUAUAGAAGAAUUAGGAAUUGGGA